UCCCUCUCUCUCUCUCUCUCUUUCUCUUUCUAGAUCCUGUUCUCAUUUGGUUGACCAAAAAUGAGACCCUCGGCGUUUCCAACAUGAUUAAGCAGACUCGAGAUGUUAUUAUGGUCGAAACUGGUGGUCUUCCCUAGAGUUCAAAUAUUUUCUUAAUUUCUUCCGCUUUCUUUACGAUUGAAGAACAAGAAAACGAGUCUCUCUCUCUCUCUCUCUCUCUCUCUCUAAAUUUCGAUAUAAAUCAUCAACGAUUCUCUUCUUGUUCUCCUUUUUUUUUUUUCCUGUCAAUGUUGGCUUCUCUUUGUCUUAUUUCUUAGGGUGAAAGGACUGGAAGAAACGAAACAAUCUCUUUGCGUUAUCUCUGACUCUCGUUGAGGAGUCUCUGCAAGUAUUCUCCUUCUCCAGGCUUUUCCAGUUGGUGAAAAUGCCAGAGAUUCAGUUGGGGGCUCACACAGUAAAAACCCAUGGGGUUAAAGUGGCAAGGGUGCAUAUGCAUGACUGGCUAAUACUUCUACUUCUUGUGGUGAUAGAAGGGGUUUUGAAUCUCAUUGAACCGUUUCACCGCUUUGUUGGGGAGGACAUGUUGACUGACCUAAGCUUCCCAUUGAAAGCCAAUACUGUCCCCUUUUGGGCUGUUCCGAUAAUUGCAAUAAUAUUACCUUUUUUUAUCAUUCUCGCAUACUACUUUUGGCGAAGGGAUGUGUAUGAUUUGCACCAUGCCUUACUGGGUCUCCUAUAUUCUGUACUGUUGACUGGAGUUUUAACAGAUGCAAUUAAAGAUGCUGUUGGUCGGCCACGGCCUGAUUUCUUUUGGCGCUGUUUCCCUGACGGAGUGAAGGUAAUUAAUAAUGUUACAAUGGGUGUUAUUUGUCAUGGAGAUGCUCAAGUCAUUAAGGAAGGCUACAAAAGUUUCCCAAGUGGGCAUACUUCAUGGUCUUUUGCUGGUCUUGGUUUUCUUGCCUGGUAUUUGUCAGGGAAAAUUAGAGCAUUUGAUCGUAGGGGCCAUGUUGCAAAACUCUGUAUUAUUCUACUUCCCUUGCUUUUAGCUGCGCUUGUGGCAAUAUCCCGAGUUGAUGACUAUUGGCAUCAUUGGCAAGAUGUUUUUGCUGCAGGUCUUCUAGGUCUAGUGAUAUCUUCACUUUGCUAUCUGCAAUUUUUUCCACCCCCACAUGAUCCAGAAGGAUGGGGACCUUUUGCAUAUUUUCAGAUGUUGGCAGAUUCUUCCCAGAAUGACGAAUCCUCAUCCAACACAAACAACUGCCUUGGUGUUACCAACUGUCUUGGAGUACGUACGACUGAGAUGGAGACUGUUUAUAUGCAUUCUGAUGAUGGGGAGGCAGGAAUUGGCUUAAGGGAAUCAAACCCAAUGCUGGACAGCAUGGAGGCUGGAAGAAGACGUUAAUCUUGGUUUGAGAAAGUGAUAAUAUGUACCUGAUAAAUUUUGUAGAAAAUUCGAAUGUCACACUUUUUUUUUGGGUAAAAUUUGAAUGACACGCUUGCAUCUUUGUGUAUUGAAACGUGAAAUGUGUUAUGUUGUAGCUACUGACUAGUAGUGGUGCUUUUCAGACAUCAGUUGGUUUCAUUCUUCGUUUC